AUCCCUCUCCUUCCGGGCUACAAAAAGUCAAAUCGCCCCUCCAAGCCAACAAGCAAGAAAAGCAAUCAUGUCGACCAAGUCUUCCCUCCUCGCCCUCCUCGCCCUCCUCUUUCUCAUUGCCUCCUCUCUCGCCGCUGAUCCCGACAUGCUCCAAGAUCUUUGCGUUGCCGAUCUGAACUCUACUGUGAAGGUGAACGGGUUUGCAUGCAAAGCCAACGUCACCAAGGACGACUUCUUCUUCAAGGGACUGGCCACCCCGGGCGCCACCAACAACACUCUCGGAUCCUUGGUGACGGCGGCCAACGUGGAGAAGAUCCCGGGGCUCAACACCCUGGGCAUCUCCAUGUCCCGCAUCGACUACGCCCCGGGCGGGCUCAACCCUCCCCACACCCACCCCCGCGCCACCGAGAUGGUCUUCGUCCUCGACGGCACCCUCGACGUCGGCUUCAUCACCACCGCCAACAAGCUCAUCGCCAAAACCAUCACCAUGGGCGAGGUCUUCGUCUUCCCCCGGGGGCUCGUCCACUUCCAGAAGAAUAACGGCCAAGUCCCAGCCUCCGUCAUCGCCGCCUUCAACGGCCAGCUCCCGGGGACCCAGUCCAUCGCCGCCACCCUGUUCACCGCCUCUCCGGCAGUGCCCGAUGCUGUGCUUGCCCAGGCUUUCCAGAUCAGCACCAAGGAGGUGGAGAAGAUCAAGGCUGGACUUGCGCCCAAAAAGUGAUAUAAAAGAAAUAUUAGACAGCUUAUGGAUUUGCCAUUUGGUUUGCCCUUCAGACUUCGGACUUCCGAAUUGUUGUGUUCAUUUAUUUAGUGUUAUUAUUGUAACGUUGCUAUGUUCCAUAGAGGAUGACGGAAUAAUAAUCGGAAUAAUAACGUUCCAUCUCCA